AUGGAUAUUGACCGGGGAUUAAUGCGCCUGGUGGUACUACUCCUCCUGGAUAGAACCCUGGAACGGUUCCGGGAUAAGUUCCUGGUGGGAAAAUUCCUGGAUAUGUUCCUGGGGUACCGUUUGGAGGGAUUACUCCACCGGGAUAAGUUGUCCCUGGUGGGUAAACUCCACCAGGAGGGAUUAAACCCCCUGGAUAUGGGCCACCUGGUAAUGAUACUCCACCUUGAGAACCAGUUCCUGGUAAACUCCCAGGAUAUGUUCCUGGUUGUCCAACCCCCGGAAUUUCACCUGGAUAAGUUCCUGGAACGCUACCACCUGGGUAAGUUCCGGGCUGUCCUACUCCUGGCAUACCACCUGGAUAAGUUCCUGGUUGUCCUACUCCAGGAGUACCUCCUGGGUAAGUGCCUUGUUGACCAGUUCCUGGAACGCUACCACCUGGAUAAGUUCCCGGCUGUCCUAAUCCUGGUAUACUACCUGGAUAGGUGUCUGGUUGACCAGUUCCUGGAACACUACCACCUGGAUAAGUUCCUGGUUGUCCUACUCCAGGAUAAGUUCCUGGUUGACCAACCCCUGGAAUACUACCAGGAUAGGUUCCUGGUUGUCCGACUCCAGGAGUACCUCCUGGAUAAGUUCCUGGUUGACCAGUUCCUGGAACACUACCACCUGGAUAAGUUCCCGGUUGUCCUACUCCUGGCAUACUGCCUGGAUAAGUGCCUGGAUAAGUUCCUGGUUGACCAGUUCCUGGAACACUACCACCUGGAUAGGUCCCUGGUUGACCAGUUCCUGGAACACUACCACCUGGAUAAGUUCCCGGCUGUCCUACUCCUGAAAUACCACCUGGAUAGGUUCCUGGUUGACCAGUUCCUGGAACACUACCACCUGGAUAAGUUCCUGGCUGUCCUACUCCAGGAUAAGUUCCUGGUUGACCAAUCCCUGGAACACUUCCAGGAUAUGAUCCUGUUCCUGGAACAUUACUGCCUGGAUAAGUUCCUGGUGAACCAGUCCCCGGAACACUACCACCUGGAUAAGUUCCCGGCUGUCCUACUCCAGGAUAAGUUCCUGGUUGACCAGUUCCAGGAACAAUACCACCUGGAUACCCUCCCGUAUUUGACCGCCUGGUGGAACAACUCCUCCCGGAUAAGUUCCUGGAACUCCCUGCCCAGUUCCCGGCAAAUUAACUCCUGGGUACGUUCCCGGCAAUGCACCUCCAGUUUGCGGGAAAGUUCCUGUCGUUCCCGGAACAAUUGUCCCCGGAUAACCAACACCUGGACCAUUUAUUCCCGGCAAAGUUCCUGGAACAGUCAAUCCUGUUCCACCUCCUCCAGGCAAUCCUGUGUAACCUACCGGUACUGGAGGAAAUUUCUGGUAACCUGGGCAGUCUUCGCACGAGCCACCUGCAGUCAUACUUUGAGCUUGUCCCAUUCCGUUGGUACCACCUGA